AUAAUGGUAGGUGGGACCUGUUAUCGCUUACAAUCCAGUCGUGCUAUUAUUCAUCGACGAAUUCAUUAUUAAAUAAAGUUACUUAUCAUUCACAACUUUCAAUAUUACUUGUAAUUUUUUUGAAUAAAAAUGUUACAAGACGAAAUUUGUGAUAAUUCUGAUCUUAUAAAUAAUACACCGCCACCUAAAGUUAUCCAAUCUGACAACGUUGAUCUGUCAGAUAAAUCAUUACAAGUAGAUAUAUCAGAUGCAUUGAGUGAAAAAGACAAAGUUAAAUUUACAGUGCAUACAAAAACAACAUUACCCAAGUUUCAAAAACCAGAGUUUCUUGUUGUUAGACAACAUGAGGAAUUUGUAUGGUUACAUGAUAGAUUCGAGGAAGAAGAAGAAUAUGCAGGUUAUAUUAUUCCACCAUGUCCUCCAAGACCAGAUUUUGAUGCAUCCCGUGAGAAAUUACAGAAACUUGGUGAAGGUGAAGGUACUAUGACUCGAGAAGAGUUUGCUAAAAUGAAACAAGAAUUGGAGGCUGAAUAUUUAGCAACUUUCAAAAAAACUGUUGCAAUGCACGAAAUGUUUCUAACUCGAUUAGCUCAUCACCCUGUCUUCCGAAAUGAUCACAACUUACGAGUAUUUCUUGAAUAUGAUCAAGACUUGUGUGUUCGAGGGAAGAAUAAAAUGGAAAUGUUUGGGGGACUAGUUAAAUCAUUUUCAAAAACUACUGAUGAAUAUUAUUUAUCAGCCACUGUAAAAGAUGUUAAUGAUUUCUUUGAUCAAGAAAUGACAUUUCUUCAGCAAUAUCACACUAAUCUCAAAGAAGCUACUUCUCGAGCUGAUCGUCAGACAAUGAAACAUAAAGAUGUUUCUGAUUCCUAUAUUCGAAUCUCUGCUAAUCUUCUACAAUUAGCUACAACUGACUCUGGAAAACUAGAAAGAUUUCUGACUAAGAUUUCGGAAACAUUUGAAAAAAUCCGGAAAGUCGAAGGUAGAGUUGCUUCUGAUGAGGAUUUAAAACUUUCCGAUACAUUGAGAUAUUAUAUGAGAGAUACUGCAGCAGCAAAAAGGCUACUAUUUAGAAGAUUAAAAGCAUUACAUGCUUAUGAAGCUGCUAAUCGUGCACUCGAAAAAGCUCGUGCUCGAAAUAAGGACGUUCAUGCGGCACUGGAGGUUGCAGAGGCUGAAAAAACUCAAACAGCAGCUUGUGAAAAGUUUGAACAAAUGUCUGAUAAAGGAAAAGAAGAGCUAAUGGAUUUCACAACUCGGCGUAUAGGAGCAUUCCGAAAAAAUUUAAUAGAUUUAACAGAAUUAGAAAUUAAACAUGCGAAGACGCAUGCUGAUCUGCUUAAGAAAUGUCUUCAUGUUCUUCGAGAAGAAUGAUUCUCGUGAUUAUAAACAAAGUAUAAUAUAAUCUACAAUAAUACAAUUAUUAUUACUACGACAACUAUUCCUACUAUUCUUACUAUUACCAUAAUUACUAUGAAUAAUAAUGAUAAAUUAUUAAUGGCAAUCAAAGUAUCAUUAAUACAUGUAGAUUGAAGAGAUUUUUCUACAAAGCAAUGAAAUAAAAAUUAAAUGAUGAUUAUUCAUUUUUAAAUUGCAAUAUGCUUUGAUAAAAAAAAAUCUUAUAAUCUAUUUAAAAUAUGUAAAAAAAUUUUUU